AUGGACAGUAUAAUUGGGUCAGUUGGACGAGUAGCCAAUGUGAAGGUCAGAAAUGAUGACGAUCUGGUAGACAGGUUGAAUCAUCUAUAUACGACUGGUAUUCUGAUCAUCUUUACAGUCGUGGUCAGCGCCAGACAGUACGUCGGAGAUCCAAUCCGAUGCUGGUGUCCGGCACAGUUCACUCAAGCACAUGUAGACUAUACUAAUAAUAUAUGUUGGAUUGCCAAUACCUAUUACAUACCGUUUUCUAAUCUGAUACCCGUAGAACAUCAUAUACGUAAAGAGCGGGAAUUAAAUUAUUAUCAAUGGGUACCGGUGGUGUUGCUGAUCCAAGCCUUAAUGUUUUAUCUUCCAUGUAUAAUUUGGAGACUCUUAAACGGACAGUCUGGUAUAAACGUUGAUCGGAUUGUCAGCCUUGCUUCCGAUGCUCAGUACGAAUCGCCGGAAGUGAGAAUGAGGACCAUUAAAUAUGUCGUCCGCCAUAUUGAUCGUUGCCUUGACAAUCAACGUGAAAGCAGACAUACUUGCUGUGUAAAAUUACGUCAUAUCCUGUCUGCAAAGUUAUCGUUGCUAUGUGGUAAACGUUAUGGAAAUUAUCUGGUUGCUGUGUAUUUAUUAAUGAAAGUUUUAUACAUAUCCAACGCAGUGGGACAAUUAUUCAUGUUAAAUGCCUUUUUAGGAACGGAGUAUAAUAUUUAUGGCUUCCAAGUGGUAGAGGAAUUAAUAGACGGUUUAGAUUGGACUGCAUCACAUCGUUUUCCUCGUGUAACGUUAUGUGAUUUUGAUAUACGACAGUUAACUAAUAUACAACGCCAUACCGUUCAGUGUGUUCUACCAAUUAACCUUUUUAACGAAAAAAUUUACAUUUUUAUGUGGUUUUGGUUUGUUUUUGCUGCCUGCAUGACCAGCUACUCCUUUGUUGUUUGGUUGUGGCACAUGGUAUUCCCUACAUCACGGAUGCAAUAUGUGAAAAAAUUCCUAAAAAUAAUGGAUAGACUGGGAUCUGGACCGGAUAAAAAGUUAGCCAGUCGUUUUGCUUUGGAAUAUUUACGCCAUGACGGAGUCUUUACGUUGCGACUAAUCGGUAAAAAUUCCAGUGAUAUAGUCGUAGCGGAAAUUGUGUCGGGAUUGUGGGAUAUUUAUCGCGGGAAAAAAUCCAUCCAGAUUCGGAAUACGUCUAUAAAUAAUGGUCACGAGGAGGUGGAAGAUGUCUAG